GCGCUGAAUUUCUGAGAGGAGCCAGAGAGCUGAAUGCCGGAAGUCCUCUGAGCCCGGCCUGCUGCCGCUUCCCUCCAGGCGAGUGAACUCCGGGCCGGCGGCGGCGGUUCCGGGUCCGCCCGCUUCUGUCCGCCGCCUGCUGGGCCCAGGGGCGCGGAGCCGCCUGCGCCGAGGGGAGAGGGCGGAGUGAGCCUGCAGGCCUGGCGCCAGUUUUAAGCGCCCGCUGCGAGUUUCCUAGCUUGGAAACGAUGGCGGAAGAGUGGGAUCUCCAGGAACAGGACUCGGACGCGGGUAGUGUGGAGGUGGUCCUCACUCCCGCAGAGCUCAUCGAAAGGCUGGAGCAGGCCUGGAUGAAUGAAAAGUUUGCCCCUGAGCUGCUGGAAAGCAAGUCAGAGAUUGUUGAAUGUGUCAUGGAACAGCUAGAACACAUGGAAGAAAAUCUCAGAAGAGCCAAAAGUGGGGACCUGAAGGUCAGCAUCCAUCGAAUGGAAAUGGAGAGGAUCCGCUAUGUCCUUAGCAGCUACUUGAGGUGUCGACUCCUGAAGAUAGAGAAGUUUUUCCCUCAUAUCCUAGAAAAGGAGAAAAUGCGUUCUGUUGAGGAGCCUUCCAGCCUCUCUCCAGAAGAGUUUGUCUUUGCCAAAGAGUAUAUGGAUCACACAGAGACCCAUCUUAAAAAUGCUGCCUUAAAGCACAUGCCUCCCAACCUGCAGAAAGUGGACCUCUUGAGGGCAGUUCCCAAACCAGAUCUAGAUUCAUAUGUGUUUCUGAGAGUGAAAGAACGACAAGAAAACAUACUAGUAGAACCAGAAACAGAUGAGCAGAGGGACUAUGUUAUUGACUUGGAGGAGGGGUCACAACACUUGAUCCGAUACAAAACCAUUGCACCUCUUGUUGCUUCUGGAGCAGUUCAGCUGAUUUAAAACAGAAUAAACAAGCCUGAGGACAUGAAGUCAUGGAAGCCCCUUUGUGCCUAGGAGCAGUAAUGCAGUCAUGCUCCAGACAGCAGGCUUUCCUUAGCGGUUGUGGGCCACUUAGACAUGGAAAGGAAGUCAGGGCAUCGACAUACCCUUCUCUUAACUUCUGUUUGAACUAGUAUCGGCAUAUGGGCCCUUACUCUGUUUAUUUGUGUACUUGGCAAAUAAAUCCACUGUCAGCUGUG